AUGGUUAUUAAGUGCAUAUUAUGUACUAAUAAGUAUGGACCCUUGUCAAUUAAUAUUACUUUCCAUAGAUUUCCGAAGGAUUACGAAAGAUUUAAUAAGUGGGUUAAUUUCUGCCGUCGUCCGGAUCUUUUGGAAAAGGGUCCAUCCAUUUGUAAUAAAACAUAUAAAUUAUGUUCUGAGCACUUCGUUGAAACAGAUUUCAACAAUAAUGAUUGGUUGAUUAAUACUGGCCUGAUGCAGAGUUGCAACAAAACAGCAGUUUAA